AUGAAUAUCAUCAACAAAGUCGUGUGGCUCACCCAUACCAGUCAACAAGGCGGCUGGAACGACCUAGACAUGCUCGAGAUUGGCAACGGCGGCAUGACCGACUCGGAAUACCAACUACACAUGACAAUGUGGGCCGCCAUGCGCUCGCCUCUCCUAAUCGGCACCAACAUCCUCACUCUCUCCCCCCAAUCCUACAGUAUCUACACCAACCCGGCCAUCCUCGCCAUCUCUCAAGACCCCAGCGGCGGAAUCGUCCAAAGAAUCUGGCGCUACUUCGUCCCUUCCACCGACCAAUACGGUCUUGGCGAGAUUCAACUCUGGGCAGGUCAACUCGCAUACGGAGAUUACUGCGUCAUCUUCCUCAACGCCGCGAACGAGGACAUGUACAUGAACGCCACGCUCGCCGACAUCUUCCUCGGAGCGGGAUAUUCCACCACUUCGAACACACAGAGCAAUUUCGACGUCUACGAUCUGGGGGCGAAUCGGAUGCCGAAUGCCACUGCUCAGACGAUAUUAAAUGGGAAUUCUACGAUUGGUGCGAUGAAUGGUACGAGCUAUCUGUAUAAUUCCACGGCGCAGAGUUAUGCCAAGGGGAUCGCGAAGAAUGAUACGCUGCUUAUGGGGAAGAUGAUUGAGGCCGCAAGGGGCACCGACGACAAUAAGGAGGAAGAGGGAUGA